AUGGAAAAUAAUGCUCAACAAAAUGAUACCAAAAAUGAUAUAAAUACUAAUAAUAGUAACGAAAAUUAUAAUGAAAGUGCUUUACAACUCUAUAAUCUCUCCCAACAAUUCCUUAAAUUAUUUACAAAACUAUGUUUUAUAUAUAUAUUGGGUUAUAUGGGAUUCAGCAUCGCUUGGAUACUAAUUGGAGUAUUUAUAUGGACUUUGAGACACAAAUAUUUCGCACAAAUAUAUCAAAGAAUUAGUUUUUUUAGACAAUUGGCCACUAAUGAGGAACCAACCAUAACCGGUGCCAUUAAAGACCUGCCCUCAUGGGUCUACUUUCCGGACUCAGAAAGAGCCGAAUGGAUAAACAAAAUUGUCAAACAAAUGUGGCCUUUCAUUGAUGAAUAUGUAAAGACAUUAAUAAAAUCAAGUAUUGAACCAAAUAUCAAGUCAGCACUUCCCGACUUUCUCAAGAGUUUUCGUUUUGAAAGAGUUGAUUUGGGAUCAAUUCCUUUACGUAUCGGAAGUGUUAAAUGUUACGAUGAAAAUACCUCAAGAGAUGAAAUUAUUUUUGAUAUGGAGAUAAUUUAUGCCGGCAAUUGUGACAUUCAAAUCAGUAUCAAGAAUAUGAAAGCAGGUAUCAAACACUUUCAACUUUAUGGUAGAAUUCGGGUUGAAUUACGACCAUUACUUAAGGACAUACCUUUAGUGGGUUGUGUUUCCGUUUAUUUCCUCAAUAACCCGGCAAUUGAGUUCAGUUUAACUAAUUUAGCUGAUAUUCUAGAUAUACCUGGACUGAGAUAUUAUCUAAGACAAGCAAUUCGUGAAAAAUUAUCAGCACUUAUGGUUUUGCCAAACAAAUAUGUGUUUCCUCUAAUUAAUGAUAUAUCAUUAAAAUCAAUUAAAUUUUCACAACCCGUGGGAGUUAUUAGGCUUGAGAUUAUAGAAGCGAGAAAUCUAAAGAAAAGUGAUGUCGGAAUGUUAGGAUUAGGAAAGAGUGAUCCAUAUGUAAUCGUCUUAAUUGGUAAUUGUGAAUAUAAAUCAAAAGUAAUCCCCAAUACAGUUAACCCAAAGUGGAACUACAUUUGUGAAACUGUAAUCUAUAAUCUUCACGACCAGAAUAUUGAGAUAGAGGUCAUGGAUGAAGAUCAGGGAAGUAAGGAUGACUUCUUAGGCAGAACUACACUAUCAUUAGCCACAAUAGCCAAUAAUGAGUUAAAUGAAGCGUGGAUUACACUCAAAGAUGUCAAAAGAGGUGCAAUUCAUUUAAAGACAACAUGGUUUACAUUAAGCACAUGUAUUAGUGAUUUAAAUGAAACGAUUGAAAAUAGUGUAAUAGUCAGAAAUAAAUAUGAUAAUGAUAAUGAUAAUAAUCAAAUUGAUUCACCCAUAUUUGGUGCAGUGGGAGUCAUCUUAAUCUAUUUGGAUGGCGCCCGCAAUUUACCGGUAACUAAGACAAUGGGUGAACCCGACCCUUACUGUGUAAUAACAGUGGGUAACGAUAAAAAUGAAAGCAUUGUUAAGAAAAGUACGGCUAAUCCCAAUUGGGAAGAGGAGUUCAGUUAUCUCAUACAACAUUGUAAUGAAAACACUGAAAUACAUUUCAAUAUAAUCGAUAGUAAAGCUGACAGACAUUUGGGAAGUGUUUCAUUAAAACUUGAAAAAGUUAUUUCCUCUGAAAACAUGUUAUUCAAUGAACCCCUGCCUAUCUCUGGUCGUACAACUGAUUGUCAACUAAACAUAAGUGUUAGCUUAAGAAUUAUGAAGUGCCAAAAAUGCCAACAAAUUCCCAGUGUUGUCAUUGAAGAACCCAUAGAAGAGAUUUGUGAUGAGCCAACCCUACCAACUAUUGAGGAUAUGAUUAAAGGAACGGUACAGCCUAUCAUUCAUACAAGUGGUUAUCAAAUCAACAAAGAUGUCAUCGAAAAGUCUCAAAAUGAUAGAAAACAUAAACCAAUAAAGACUUCUGAAACUAAUGGGAAGUCUGAAGUAACAGCAAAUUUGAGUGAUGAUCAAGAAAAUCAUGUAAAGUAUCCGAGAAUUUUGGUGACUAUUCAAAAGUCAGGCUAUACUAGUAAACCAUUUUUGAUUGUUCAUAAGGCUGAAAAUCUACCAUUAAUUGAUGGUCAAAAACCUAAUCCUUAUGUUAAGAUAUACGGAACUCAGGGUAAAAAUUCAAUGACAUUAAAGAAAAGUUUAAAAUCAAUAACAAAAAGAUAUACAUGUAAUCCAUUAUUUGAUGAAAACUUUGAAUUGGAUAAUAAAUGGAAAGCUAUAGAUAUAUUGGUCUUCUCGAGGAAUGGAUCAGCUCGUAAUGUAUUCAAAAAGAAGUCUAAUAUAAUAGGACUGACAUCUAUUCAAAUGAAUACAUUGACACUGGAAUCUCAACUAAUUAAACAAUGGUAUGAAUUGGAACAGCUGUCAGACUAAAUCUCUGGUCAUUA